UUGCUGACGAAAUAAAGUGUUGAGUGUGCUUUGAAAUUCAGCUUAAGCUAGCUCAAACAGAUUGUUGCACUAGUAUUAUUUGCUAUGACUGCUUGUUCCUAUUUAAGAGGCAAGCUCAACGGAAGAAGAAAUAAGUCAAAGCUAUGAUGUCCAAUGUGCAGGAAGACACCUCUGGUGGCAAGAAAAUGAAAAUUUGCAAUGAAGCUUGUCAAAAAUUGUAUUAAAACCUGCCAAUUCUGUAAUGAAUACCAGAGCAUCCUUUCAGAUGUGGAUAAGCAUCAGAGAGAUUGAGAGAAAAACCCUAACAAGCACGAGGCGCUUACUCUGAAUGAUGCAGACGACGAAAACAAAUUUCUCUCGAAUUUUGGAAAUGAUAUAAAUGAUAGCAACAAUUUUGAUGAGAAAGAAGAGCACAAGGAUGAUGAAAGUGAGGAAUCUGAAUCAGAAGAAUCUGAAGACCUUAAGGCUCCUAAGAAGGAGCUUGAAGCUCCAGCUACCGAAUACACCAAUGGUGACUCUGAUGAAGAGGAAGAGGAGGAAGAAGAGAAAGAAUAUCAUGAAGAGCAUAAUCCAGCUGAAAUGCGAACGACCAAGGUUGAGGUACUACAAAAAUCAUCCCAAAAUUCGUUGCCAAGAGGCUCAGAAGCAGUUGAUUUGAUAGAUGAUAGUCUGAGAAUUCUUCCUCAUUUCCACAAGCAUGAUUUGCACAAGAUGAGUGUGUAUGAUAAACCAAGCUACUGGAUAUGAGGAGGGUAUUUCACAGAGAUUGGAUGCCUUAAUACAUUUAAUUGUCAAUUCAAAAACAUUGAUUAUGAGUUCCCUCAUUACCAAUGCCAUGAUUGUGAAUUUCAAGUAUGCCUAGAAUGAGCUGAUUACUACUCUCAGAGUCCCAACAAGGUAAAGUUCAUACACAGGACAUACAACCCGGUGUUCCACCAGCAUCCAGUGAAGCUUGAUCUUGGAUCUGAAACAAAAAGUUGGGUUUGAAGUGGAAUGAACCUCCCUAACAAAUGCCUCAGUACUACAAAUGAUAAGCCACUUACAGAUAAAAAAUAGAUGGAAAUGACCUACCUGCAAAGUUAUGCUGUGCUACAAAUGUAUUAAAAGAAGCGAUAUAGAAGAUUCAGCUACUUGAGCAUCCAUACAUCAGCACCAAUUAUUCAAAGGAAAGUUCGAUAAAUUUUUCCUCGAAGAAGAGAUUAUUGUAUGCGAUGCAGGAAAUAUCUUUUUGGGAACUCAUCACGAGAUUAAUCAUGAUCACCACGUCCUAAGAUGUGCACUUUGAAACUUUAAUUGAUGUCAGGAAUGAUACAAUAUUUUAUCUGAAAGUUUCCAAGAGGAAUCGAAGGUGGGGCUAGAAUCUGAAAUGAUCAACGAGAGUAUUGCGAGUUUAAAGAGUGACCAAGUAGUUUACAUUAAGACCCAUCCGCAUCCCUUAUUCCAAGUGAUUGACAGCAGUCUUCUUUGUGAUCAUGUCCAGACUGGAAGAUGCAAAUCUCUUGAAAAUAACUUAGAAAUGUCCAAACCUGCUUAUCUAAAAUGAGUGAAGACAAACUGAAAGUUCCAGUUAUGAGCACUUUGAGCCAGUUCCGAUUUUAAGAAGGUGAAAUCUGUAAAGAAAGGAGGGACCUGUCAUAUAUUUUAGUACCUCAAAAUGUCCGAAAA